GUUGGCCUGGACGUGGCACCCGAGGAGGAGCUGCGCCCACUCUCUGUCCGGCUCGGAUUAGACACAUCAGCUCGGCGUUUCAAGCCUCCGUGAUCUCCACAAUCAACUGUCACUGUUCAGAUUGGCACCACCGCUCAGCCGGCAUCUUGUCACAACAUGGGGCUCACCAUUUCGUCGAUAUUUUCCAGGCUUUUCGGAAAGAAACAGAUGAGGAUACUUAUGGUUGGGUUGGAUGCAGCUGGAAAGACCACUAUCCUGUACAAACUGAAGCUGGGAGAGAUUGUGACCACUAUUCCAACCAUUGGUUUCAACGUGGAGACGGUAGAGUACAAGAACAUCUGCUUUACAGUGUGGGACGUGGGUGGUCAGGACAAGAUCCGGCCUCUGUGGAGACACUACUUCCAGAACACACAGGGUCUUAUCUUUGUUGUGGACAGCAACGACAGAGAGAGAGUGGCAGAGUCAGCAGAGGAGUUGUCAAAAAUGUUGCAAGAGGAUGAGCUAAGGGAGGCGGUGCUGCUGGUGUUUGCUAACAAACAGGAUUUGCCAAACGCCAUGCCUGUGAGCGAACUCUCAGACAAGCUGGGCCUGCAGAAUUUGCGCAGCAGAACUUGGCACGUGCAGGCGACCUGUGCCACCCAGGGCACGGGCUUGUACGAGGGGCUGGACUGGCUAUCCAACGAGCUGUCGAAGCGCUAGAGGAGGGCCGAGCCGGAGGAGCAGGACCAGAGGGACCGAGUGACUUGAACCUGGUGCAGGAGGAGGAGGACGGAAGGAGAGUGGUAGAGGAGGAGCUGCAGGAUGGAGCAUUUCACCAGAGGAAAAUGCAGACUUUUGUUUGUUUAUUUUAUUUCACUUUUUUUUGUUGUUGUUUUUUUCUUUUUUAAAUUAUAAGUGUCUGUCCGGUAGAAUUUGCGGUCAUGGACUUUGCGCUCAGUUCCUGUUCUGAAGCCUUUUUUUCACUAUUCUCCUCUUAUUCUGUGUGUUGUCGCUGAAGAUGUUUUAGACUGUUUCUAUCUUUUUGUCUUUCUUUCUUCUACCCCCUCCCCUCCCCCCCCAAAACAACUCCCUCGAUAGGAAAAAUGUUUUUAAUUUGCAUGUUUUAACAGAGAAAAUCAUAAAUAUGGAAUUACAUGACGGUUGUGCUAAUGUUGAUUGUUAUGGAAUGGGUGGUAGUGCCUCAAGGAUGUUGAGCUUUUGGGGGAAGGGGGAGGGUGUACAGAGGGGUACGGGACAGGGAUUUGCCGGUGUUGUAGUCUGUGGAGAGGGAGGGGGCGGCUUGAGGCUCAGGCCCCCUCUGUUCUCUCCCUGAGCGACUGACUCAUUCCAGAGAGCCGAAUCUGAAGGCCAGUUCCAUUCCUUAACAAUGUGAAGAAUGCAGGACAUUAAGUGUUUUCAAGGGCCAUUGAUGCAAUAAAAGUGUCUCUUUUUUUUUCCUUCUCAACUGUU